GCACCAGCAGCGACAGACUCAGCUCAGUUAGAGGUGGCAGUGAGCGCACACAGCUCAACCUCUGCUCGCACAUCUGGCAUAAGCCUGGACUUUCACGUCUGGAGACGGACAGGCGACUUUCCUCCUCUUCUUCAUGUGGUGUUUUCUACUGAUCCUCGGAGGAGAGAACAACUGGACCGGGAUCAGGAGGAGGAGAGACGGAGAGAGAGUGAGAGAGAGGGAGGGAGGUUUCAUGUUUCAGAGUUCACAGAAUCCUCCUGCUGCUGAAAAGCAACACAAAGAGGAAUUUAACGAGCUGCCGGAUUAAAGCCACAGAGACUGAGCCUCCCGCUGCCUGUGUGAAGUCGAGUGGACAGGAUGCUGACUUCUCCGUAAAUCUGAUCUGGGGCAGGCUGUGGGCGGCGUGCAGCCGGGGGCCGUGAUUCACAAAAACCCAACUUAGCGUGGAAAGGGGGAAAAAAGAGAUGCUACAAAUGAGACGAGGCCCCUUUGUUGUAAAAGAAGCAGCCGAGUGGAGACAAGAGUGAAAGUUGAAGUCUGGUUAACUGCUUCAGGAUAAAGAAAAUCCACCUGGAGCCCGAACGAGGAGUCAAGCAGCUCCAGAGGUCGAGGACACAACCCGGAGUAAAAGUCAUGGACAGAUUCAGGAGGUGAGGAAUCGAGUCUGGAGGCACUGAGGUGCAGCGAUGGGAGAAAUUAGAGGAAGUUUUCUCUGACAACGUUGUAAUACCACCUCGUCAGCAAAGUGUUCCAUCCAUCUCUCCCUCCACACUUCUCUCUUUUAAAAGCAGGGUUGGAUUCGGCAGAUUUUUUUUCUCUCCCCUCCCCGAUAAAUGCAGUUGGUUUUUCAGCAGAUCACCUGCACCACUAACUGUGUUGCCGCUCCGGAUGGCUGCCAUGUUGGCAGGUGGAUGCAGAUGUAGUCGCAUCAUUCAACAUUAACCGGGCUGGACAAAGUAAAGAGUCGGAGCGCUGCACAAGCUCGCAAGUGGCCACUGCAGCGACACUGUUUGUGUCCUGCAGCUUCUACACAACAGAGCAAAGAGGGUUUGUGAGGCUGAGAGAGAUUUAACCGUUUACACUGGCAGCAACAGCAGAGAGAGGAUUCACCACACGUGACGAUAACAAUGAAAAACCUGUGUGUUCAGACUCGUGUGUUAGUUGGUCAGGAGUCGAUUUAUGUGCAGCCAAAAUGAGAUGAAUCGCAGAAGGAAGGAUGUGAAAAGAAAAAUGAACUGUGGGGAAAAGUAGCAGAGAAAUAUUCUUCGUCACAAAGAGGACGCUGUAAACUGAUGUCCACCGCCUGCUCCUGCUGGCGUCAUGUAUGUUGGUGGUAGUGCUGGUUUCCUGCAGGGUGUGGUGGCACCAACACUUUCAGCAGUGUCACCAUCAUGGUGGUCUGUUGUUGUGCUGGUAGUUUGUCUGCAGCUCGCCCAGCUGAGUCCCGUCCAGGCCAACAUCUGCCCGUCUCAGGCCUCGUCCCCGGCGGAGAGAUGCCUCUGUGCCUCGGACAUCGUCAGCUGCACUGCAUCUGGUCUGGACGAGGUCCCCGCAGAAAUGCCCGUCUCUGUCGUCACUCUGGAUCUCAGCCACAACCGGAUCGAUCAGUUGAAGGCGGGCGCCUUCGAAGGACUUUCUCGACUGGAGACAUUACGGUUGACUCACAACCAGCUGACCACUAUUCACCUGGGGGCUUUUCACAACAUGUCCGGGUCACUGCUCCGACACCUGGACCUGUCGUCCAAUCAGCUUCGUAUUUUGGAGCAUCACUAUUUCCAAGAGUUGUCAGGAUUGGAGGAACUGCUGCUGUUUAACAAUCGUAUUGUGCAGGUGGAGAGCAGGGCUCUGACGGGGCUGGGAAACCUCCGUAAGGCCUACCUCAGUCAUAACCGACUCACUCACUUCCCCUUCUUCACCAUCCAACAGCACAGCCACCCUCACCUGACCAUGCUGGACCUGUCCUCCAACCGCCUGCUCAAGCUGCCCAUGGAGGAUAUCGCCAAUUUACCCGUCACCGUCCAGAAAGGACUCUACCUUCACAACAACUCCCUGGAAUGUGUGUGCUCGAUGUUUGGACUGUUCAGGCGCUGGGAGCAGAGAGAAUAUGCCUCGGUGACAGACUUCAGACAAGAGCACACCUGUCGGGUCUAUGGGAUACAAAAAGGUACCGUGCGCUUCUUCCAGCACGGCCGCUACUUUGACAAGUGCAACCUGACUGCGACGAGUCUGCCGCUCAGCGAGCAGGAGGGCAGGGUCUCCGUGAAGGUGGGACGGGCGAUUCUGCUGCACUGUGUGACCACGCUCAGCAGCCGCAGUGUCACCUUUCUCUGGGUGUCACCAAAUCAGGAGUAUGUGGUGCCGCCGGGGAACAACGGAUCUUUCAAGAUGUUCACCAAUGGAAGCUUGGAGAUCGUGGCGGCGCGUGCAGAGGAUUCCGGUGUCUACUGGUGUAUGGCCCUUGACCAGCAGCAGCAGCGCAACGAAACACACGAGGUCAACGUGACGGUGGUGCUGCACCAUGAGAGCGAGGCUCACGAGUCCUUCAACACCGGAUUCACCACCCUGCUGGGCUGUGUGGUGAGCCUGGUGCUCGUCCUCAUGUACCUGUUCCUGACGCCCUGUCGCUGUCCUCCCUGCCGGAGGGCCCCGGCCCCAGCCGCCCCUAGCGUGGGGAACGAGGCCGGGGCAGGGAGCGCCCAGUCCUCCAUCCUCACCCCGACCCCACCAGCGACCACCGAGGGCCCGGGCCGCAAGGUCAGUACCAACAAGCAUGUGGUCUUUCUGGAGCCAAUUAGAGAGCAGCAGAAUGGCAGACUCAGGGCAGGGCCAGGAUUGGGGGCGGUGCAAGGACACGUGGGGCCAGGUUUACUGCUAGGGCCAGAGCGGCAGCCAAAGCUCCACAGCCAGUCACAGCAGAGGGCGGGGGAGACGGACCACAUCAUGUCCGUGUUCUCAGACACACCCAUCAUGUUGCCAUAGAAACAGGACAAACAGACACAGACCUGCACCAUCACCACCUCUCGCUCACUCUCCUCCUCCUCCUCCUCUGCCUCACCCCCUCCCCACUGCACCCGCGACACGACCAGAGCAGAACCGCGAUCCAGCUCCGACCCGAGGCCGAGUCGCCUUGCCUGAGAACAAAUGCAAUUUUCACACCACGAACAUUGUUGACCAACUGUGCAUGUAAUUGUUAGAACAAGUUUGCACCACAGCCACGAACCACUGCACUGUGAGGGGACGGACAGGGUGGAGACAGUGCUCAUGGACAAGACGUAGGCAGGACGGAGCUGAACUAUCAGAAUCCAAUCAGACCAAAGAAAGACGGAGCCUCAAAGUCCGUUUGAGAUGGGACUGAGAGACAGAGAGCAGAGACUGAGCAAACGUCAGGGGGCGAGGGAGGUGAUGACCACUGUUAGCAUGAACUGAAAACCAAACGCACGAGUCUGUCCCUUUAAGCACGGCUUUACCUUUAAGAAACACUUGCUACAGAUGCCUUCUAGUCUCAUACAGAGAUGUAGAGAAAAUAUUUUUGUCAAGCUUCUCAGUGUCUCCUGUUCUUUUUUUGUGUCAGUUUAGAAGCAAACUGAUGUGAGUGUAUCGUCGUCACACUGUGAAACGUUUUAGAGUAGACAAGCUCCAGAAGAAAGAGCUUUUAGGAAGCAAAAAUAGAAACUGUUUGAAAGGAGAGGUUUGAUUCUGGACUCCUGUACCCCUCCUCUUCCCUCCUUCCUCCCCCCUCCAACCCCUGGAGGGUUGAGAACAAUAGUUGAGCAAACAGGAAAUAAAGAUAUAAAUGAACAACAUCGGUAGAGAUUGUUGAUGCCGGAGGAUCAGAGUCUCCGUUUGGAGAGUUUAUCUAUUUGGUCUUUUUAUAUCUCAGUCUGGGACAAUAAACGUGAAGGUGUAUUGAUAGACGUCCCGUCCCGGGGCCGACAUGUUCUUUAACUUUUCCCUGUCUCACUGCAUCCUGUUGUCCUCACACUGCAUCGUGUCCUCCCUUUAUCUGUGUGUUAAUAAACCUCUGUAUCUGAA